UUCCUUAUAAAAUGGGCCUAAACCUUCUCCCUUCCUGGUCUGUCCGUCAUCAACUCAAACAGCAAAAGGAAAUGGAAAAGAAGGCGCCUCUACUGGCUAUCUUGAUGAUUUUCUUGCUUGUGACAAUCAUGCGAGCUGAGGCGUCUUGCCCAUCGUAUGGCAGCGAGUGCAGUGGCUGUAUCACCGAGCGGAUGAAGUACGGGUGCCCUAGGUGCCGUCCCCUCCUCAAAUGCAUGGCCCGGUGCCUGUGGGGUGGGAGAUCACGAGCCCUGUGCACGAAGAGGUGUGACUGCAACAGCAGCAAGGGUAAGCCGAGGUUGUCCGAUUGCAAGAAGUGCAUGUCCAAGUGCAGAUGCAGCUGUAUGUCCUAGAUAAGUCCAAUGUUUGGUGUUUCAUCAAAUGUGGUAUGUGACUUUCCUAUGUUGAAAGCAAGGCUGCAUGCUUUUCUGUUUAAGGUGGAUCCCGUAGAAAGGACAGGUAGAAUGCCUAUUGUCAGACUGUUUUGACAAACAUAGGUAACCGAACCAUCGCAGCUGAUAUAAUUGUUUGAUGUAGCUCGUGAAUACAUGACUAAGAUGCAAGGAGAAUUGACGUGAUUAGAUCCA